AUCGAAUCGACAAUUCGACAUUGUUAUCAUCAGUCAGUUAUCAAUUCAAUUUGGUUUGAUUAUUUAUGUAGGUACUCAUAUUUAUUCCUCAGAUAAAGUGAAGUAAUUUACCGUGUCAUUCAUCUGGUUAUCUUCAAGUGUACAAAGUUCGCUAUGGCUGCUUUUAAAAACACCAGAAACUUAAAAACACUUGUUUUGACUCCUAAAUAUGUUUCCCAUAUGACUAUCAAACGAAAUUUGAAUUUGCAAGAGUAUCAUAGUAAAGAUUUGUUAAGAAAGCACCAAGUGAGUGUACAAGACUUUCGUAUUAUAGAUAAUACGUUGGAUUCAAAAGCUCUAUCGGGCUUCAAAGCUGACGAAUAUGUUGUAAAGGCUCAGAUAUUAGCUGGUGGCCGAGGCAAAGGACACUUUGAUAAUGGGUUCAAAGGUGGUGUACACUUAACUAAAAAUCCUAAUGAAAUCGUAAAUUUAGCCAAAAAUAUGAUUGGUCAUAAAUUGAUUACGAAACAAACUCCUAAAGAAGGUAUAAAGGUAGAAAAGGUUAUGGUAGCAGAGAGUGUUACGAUAAAGAGGGAGACUUAUUUGAGUAUUCUUAUGGAGAGAAGUUACAAUGGGGCAGCACUGGUAGCAUCUCCUGCGGGAGGGAUGGAUAUUGAGGCAGUGGCUGAAGAAACUCCUCAUUUACUGAAGACAGUUCCAAUAGACAUAUAUGAAGGUGUCACAGACAAAAUUGCAAAUGAUGUAGCAGAGUUUUUAGAAUUCAAAGGUCCACUAAGAAAAAAAUGUGCAGAAGAAAUCAAGAAACUGUGGGAAUUAUUCAUUAAGGUAGAUGCCACACAGCUGGAAAUAAAUCCAUUAGUGGAAACUGAUGAUGGUAGAGUAGUUGCAGUGGAUGCCAAGAUCAACUUUGAUGACAAUGCAGAAUUCAGACAGAAGGAUAUCUUUGCACUUGAUGAUGUUUCUGAAACUGACCCUAGAGAAAGGGAGGCUGCAGCUUUAAACUUGGUAUACAUUGAUAUGGAUGGUAGCAUUGGGUGCAUGGUCAAUGGUGCUGGUCUAGCCAUGGCCACCAUGGACCUGAUCAACCUGAAUGGCGGAAAGCCUGCUAACUUCCUCGACCUUGGUGGUGGAGUUGGUGAAGCUCAAGUUUCAGCUGCUUUGAGGAUCCUUGAAUCAGACCCAAAAGUGAAAAGUAUAUUUGUAAAUGUUUUUGGAGGUAUCGUAAACUGCGGAACAAUUGCAAAUGGUCUUGUUGCGGCGUGUAAGAAAAGCCCGCCCAAGCAUCCCAUGGUAAUCAGGCUGGAAGGCACUAAUGCUCAAGAGGCUAAGAAAAUUCUAGAACAGUCUGGUCUGCCAUUGACGAUCAUCAAUGACGCCGAUGAAGCUGCAAAAGCUGCCGUCAAGUUAGCACAGAAUUGAUACUACAAAAAAAAAUUAUAUGGUUACUCAAAUCUUCCAUUAGAACAAAAUAUCAUUAGAAAUUGAUAUGAAUAGGUGUUUUCGGUUAAUUCACCCUAAAUGCACUAUAGAUAUAUAUAAAAUAUAAGUAAAGUUGAUUAAGGAAUAAUUUAAAGUUAAACCCAUUCUUGUGUUUGUGUGGGGUGUUUAAUCAGGGCUUUAUUUUUGAAGAUAACAACAGCGAUUUGAGUCUAAGUUUAUACUUACAACCGAAUUAUUAAGUAAACAAGUGCAAGGAGUGUAUUUUUUAUAUUAUGUAAAAUGGUGCUGUAGUCUAGGUAUAUAGUCAAAAUACUAACAACAUAUGGAAAUCGAUUUUUAUCUUAUGCAGGUUUAAACCGGAUUUAUUUUCUUUAGUUUUUAGAUUUGUUGCUAACAUCUUAGAAGUAAUAACUCCAAGACUGUCGUGAAAAUAGUUUUUGCCUAACAUCAAAAAAAAACUACCAUGAACUUUUUCCUUUAAAUGAAUUGUUAAAUAUUCUUAAGAUUUUGUAAAUAGUGCAAUAAAGUGUAUAAUGUAUAUGAAAUAGCGUUUUGCUCAGAUUAAUUUUUUUUUUUAAAUAAUGUGUAUAAUGUAUUCUUUAUGGAAGUUCGUCGAUUUUACUGUCGACCUAACCACCAUAGACAUUGCUGACAACCGUCACACACUCUCGUGUGAACUAAGAACCGGACAGUCAAUUAGGUGAUCAAGCAAUAAAACAAUCAAAUUUACUCUAAAUUUUAUUAACAAUAUAAUUGAAUACAAUCUGCAAUGUAAUAAUAUAAUCAGCAUAAUUAAGCCCUGAAGAGGUUGAGGCGUCGCCCCUGCGGCGCGUCGCUAGACAGAGUCAUGUUGGCCUGGAUCUCGUCGAAGCUCGGGAGGUGCGUGAGCUUGCCGCGAGCCGCUACUGAAGCCCGGCUGCCGAGCAUGCGGCGGGCCACGCGAGUUAUGUCCUCAGCUGUUAUCUUUUC